AUGAGCCUGUCGGAUCUGCUUGAUUCAACCGACAGGGAAAUUUGCAACGCGAUUAUCCCCACCCUCACCCUUGAAAUCAGCAACAAUGGGCUGUCACCCGAACAGAUCGACUCGGUGGUCAAGAAGCUGGUAUCUCCUUCCUGCCCCGGGUUUCUCACCAACCAGCUUCCCAGCCUCUUGAUCCCCAACAAACCGGUUCUCUCCCGCACGGUCAUUCGCAUCUCUUCCAAUCUCGGAUUGUCACCUUCGAAACCGAGUCUCAAGACCCAAAUAGCACUCAUGAAAUGGCUCUGCACCGUGCACCCGUUCCUGGAAGACAGCCAGAUCAUCAACUCGCUGUACACGGUGCUAUUCAACUACCUCAACUACGAGUCUUUGCGCCCCUACCUCUGUUCCUUGCUGUUUAUCAGCACCACCUCCGAGUCCGUACAACCAUGGAGAUACGAUACCCUGCUCCAGAUCAAGAACAAGAACCGAGAUCCUCGCACGUCUGGCUACGUGGAUGCAUUACUGACCUUGUACUCGCAGUUCAAGCCGUUCCUACAGGCUCCAAAUGACAUGAAAUGGAGCGAAAGCAAACACAGCACAGUCUCACCUGACGAAAAGCUGCUGGAGAAGGUCAUUCACGUGUUUGGAAACACAAACAAACCCAUCUUGUAUCAGAGCACGGCCCAGUUGCGAGAAAUAGUUGCUGCAAUCGAUAAACCCAUACCGAAGCAACUUCCUAAUGUGGUUGGAAACUCGACUCUGGCACGAGUGUUUCACCUUAAAGCCACCCAGCUAGAUGACCAGCGUCUCAACCGAUGGCUCACGCAAAACAUGGACGAAAAGAAAGUGCUGGAAUACAUGCAAUACACAAAGACCAUGCCACUGGCUGUGGUGAGCUGUCUAGUCAAACAUAUAAAGAAUAGCGACACUCUCCCACCAACCACCUGGACACUUCUUGCCCAACUGCCUCUACUCAACCCCAUCACCUUCAGACAGGCCAUUCUGGAAAAACUAACUAACCAUCCCACUGAACUGGUCGAGUGUCUCACCAAGCUGCUGAACAACUGGUCCACACUGCACACUGAGGGUCCUGGACGUGAAUCAUGUGCACGAGAAAUCCACUCGACAGUUUCCAGUCUCGUCUACAAGGUUCCAGUAUCUGCGACCCUGUCUUACUACGAAACAGCAGCUUACUUCACCGUGAAGACUACCCCUACACGUCCGUUAAUCCCUUCGCUCUCAGUCACCCAGUAUUACACUGCACAGGCAGAUCCCUCCGUGUUAUCGCGACUUGCACGUGUGCUAUUUCUUCUCAGAGACGUGUCUUUGUCUUCCGAGAGCUACAAAACAGCUGUCACUGAACUUAGCUGUGCUCUAUGGAGCCACAGACACCUACAGUUGGAUUCACAGUUCCUCGAAUCCUUGUCUUCCCUGCUACGAUUCCCGGCGACGAUAGAUACUGUUUUCGGACUGACAAUGUCCUCAGCAAUGUCGCACAUUGCAGCGGUAUAUCUGUGGAGUCUUGAGGAGGAAGCAGACAUUGAGCGAAGACACGAGGGUCCAGUUACUGCCCAAUCUCUGGUUGAUAACGAGUACAGAGGAGGGCUGAAACUUACUAAUCAGCAGUACAAGCAGGGACUGUUGGACUUUGCUGCCAACAAAUACGGCCUGAAAGGUCUCCGAGACUUCUUCUAUGUCACCAUGAAGUCUCUCAAGAGAGUUGGAGAGGAGCAGAAGGCUUACAAGAGGCAAAAACUGUAG